CAUUGUACUCGGUACGUCUCCACUAGUCUUACCGCGCUAGUAUUGCGUUUGCUGUCUACGCGCAUGAUAUUCUGUUGUCCGUGAAAAAUACAGUUAUUAAUUUAUUAUUUUAUUACACCAUUUUAAUAACGUCAUGACCCACAAACGGUUUACAGCUGACUCGAUCGAUUAUUCGUUGUAGUCGUCCUGUGUCCCUCAAAGUGGUGUGUUGUCGAUACUCUUAUUAAUUAAUAUUAUUUCGCCGAUAUGAUGGUUACCUUUGCGUAGAUUCUAUUGCGUACUUCCGACUAUAAUAUACACUAAUCGUACAAAAUUACAGUUCUACAAUCGUGUACACAGCCGUUUAAAAAUGCCUGUCUGUAAACAAGACGGUGAGCGUUAUUAUUGCUGUACCUAUAUAUGUUUAGGUGACUUAUUUGUUAUUAUUAUGUUUUUACAGAAACCCUUAGAGCAUUGGCCCUCCUAGAAGAUUAUAAUGCUAAACUUUCCAAUGUACCUAAUAACGAUCUUCAAGUUGUCAUGCAGUUAGUGAUCAGUGUUUUUAAAUCGAGAUUAUUUCAAGCACUCGUUGGUAAUGUUUAUUAUUUAUAUUUAUAUUAAAGUAUCUAUUAUUUUGUGUUUACCUACUUACCAAUCCGUAUAAUUUUUGUCAUCGAAACUAGGUAUUUAUCAGUGAUGUUUUCAGGAAUUUUUAAUGGGGGAAGUUGUGGAUAAUUUCUAGAAAAAUAUGAAGGGGGUGCACAUCCCUCUAUGUCAUUUAAUAUUUAUUUUUUUUUUGCAUAGUAAUGGUAUGUAUAUUACACUUAUUUUUUUCUGAACAUUUUGGUUUAUAUAUAAUUUGAUACUUAGUUAAAACUCGUAAGUCAUAUUUGUUUUAUUUUUUUAUAUCUGCAAAUGUUACAAUUAAAAACUUUAUAAGAACUUUCUUGUAGUUCUUUUGCUCUCGUUAGUGUGUUGAGGAGAUAAUUUUUGGAUAAUUUUUUCAUUGAUAGUUUUUUGCAAGUUUUGUAAAUUAAUUAAAAUUGACUUACAUGUGUGGCAACAUUGAAAGUUGAAGAGCACUAACAGUGGCAGCUAAUACUUGCAGAAUUAUGAAGAUUUGUGUUUUUGCUGAUGAUGAUGACUUGGGUGUUUUUUUUGUAUAGCAGAUGAUUAUUGAAUAUUAUCAAUACAUAACAUAUUGUACUAUUUUAUGUUCUUUCUAUGCUUAAAAUAAAAAAUGUUUUGUUUAAUUUAUGUUUCACCGAACAUAGAAAAUAUUCACAUAUUAAUGAAUAACUUUAAUUUGAUGUUAUCAUUAUAAAUUAUAACCAAAGUGCAUAAAGAAUAUAUUUAUAUAAGUUAAGGAAGCUUGUCUUUCUAAAAGGGAAAUAAAUGUAUGUAUUUUAGUGCUAAUAUUUUUGUUUAUUAUUUUAGAUAUACAAGAGUUUUAUGAAUUAGCUCUUCAAGAUGAAAGUCAUUCGGUUACAGAUGAAGAGAUAUCAAUUGCACAGAAAUAUAUUAUGGAUCAAUUUGAUGCCAAAGUUGGUUUGGUGAAUAUAAUUAUUUUUAUUUAUAAAAAUGUAAAAAAAAAAAAAGUUAAAUAAUGAAUGAAUACUAAAGGUAUGCAUAGAUACUAGUGAUGUUAAAUUUAUAAUUGGCCAAGAGUUAAAUACACUAUUUAAAAAUGUAUUAAACAAAAUAUACAAUUUUAUAACAGUUCUGCUCAAUUCUUAAACUUUAAUCACUCGCAUUGUAUGUAACAUAUUUAACAUCUCAUAAAAUAUAUAUACCAAUACAUACAUAAUGUUAUUUAAGUAGUUUAAAGUUUAAUAAUUGUCCAGAAAUAUUACAAAAUUAUAUAGGUAUUUUGUUAAACUAAUUCGGAGUGUAGGGAAGGAUCUUUUGGUUUUUUAUUCAUGUAUUUUAAAUGAGAUGAACCAUAAUAAUAUUUUGUUUUGAAUGUUAGUUAAAUUAUUUAGUAGGUAUUUUUUAAUUUUUAAUAUAAAACUAUUAAUAAGGUACCUAUUGCAAAACUACAUAAUUUAAGAAAAGAGUUUAUACUGGGGAUUUGAUCGGCCACUGUUGUAGGUGAGAAGUUGGGAAGGUAUAGAAGGUUAUGUCAUUUAUAUCUAAGCAACGAAAAACCAUUGCUGACAAAAGAUGAUUUUAAGUGCAGUUCGGUAAUAAAUAAUUUGAAAUGCCGUAAUUUUUUUAACCUAACUAUGUUCCUAUGUUCCUAUGUUUUUUUUCGAUUAUUAUGAAAACUAAUUUAAAAAUCAAAAAAUGACCGUCAUCAUUAAAAACAAAAUUAAUAAUUCAACGAAAAGGGCUCGUGUGUUUUUUCAAUUGGAGCUAUAUUUGUGCUAGAAAACUUGGUAGGCAUUUAUUUUAAAUACCGUUUCGAAAAUCAAAAAAUGACCUAUGUGUUUAACAAGUAGAUUAAAAUUAACUUUCAGAAAACGUGUUACACUUAUACAUUGGAUCAAGUUUUCUAGGAUAAAAGUGAGUUUACUAGGAAAAACUUGUCCUUCCACAGAUUUGAACAAAGAAAGAAAUAAAACAGAAUUGUAUAACAAAUAGCUCCCUCGCUAUGCUUGGAAUCUAAAAUUUAACUACUAUUAAAAUGUACACCUACAAUUACUUUAUAAUUAGAAUUAUAAUAGGUUAUGUUUUGGGUCUUUUUACGAGAAUCUAUACUUAUAAAAUGAUAAAAUUGUAUAAGCUGAAAUAAUUAUUACUUAAUAAACAUUAAUUUUUUAAAUGAACGUAAACAAAAUAUACAAAUCAUUUUAGAUGAUUUAUAAAUCAAAAAACUUUCAUAUCAUACAUUUUGAAUCACUAUAUAUAUAUAAUGCAAUUAUAUUGUACAAUUGGUUUUUAUUUUUCUAUAUAUAUAUUUUUAAAGUCAUACAAAUUAUUGUUUCACCCGAAAUCUAUUAAAAAUAGAAAAUUAAAAACCAAUGGUACAAUAUGAUUGAGUUAUUUAUUAUUUUAUAUAUUUACCUUACCUCAAAAAUCUUGUAGCAAAUUUUUUAAUUUUAAUAUUUUUCAGAGCAUUUAUAAUAGCUUAAAUAUUAUUUGGGUAAUACAAUUUUAUUAUAUUAUUAUAAACAUUUUGUAGAGUGACUUAAGUUUUCAACCUCUAGAAACUGAAUGUCAUCGGGAUUACAAAAAGAAAGAACUAGUUGAUAUAAGUUGUCAAGUAUGUACUCUUUAAUUCUGAUUUUAAGUAGACAUUUAUUAUCUCCAACUUGAUGGUUACUUAAUUUAUAAAAUUUAGAUAAAUGGAUUAAGUGGUCAUAAUGGUAAUCAAUCAUGUGGGGAAGCUACUGAACAGGAAUCAAAUCUGGAAACUGUAAGUAUUUUAUGUACUUGUAAAUUGUACAAGAAGGUAAUUUAAAUUUUACGAAAUAUAUCUAUGGUAAUUUUUAAAAUUAAAUUAGAAUGGCAUGUAUAAUGUGUAUGUAUUUGAUAUAAGCAUAAAUUAUAAAUAUUAUUAUUUAUGAAACAAAAUUUUGCGAUUAUAUUUUUUUUGCUUCCAAAAUAUGCACAAACCUUUCUUUAUGAAUAUUGUGUAUAAGAUGUAUAUUCUAUAGUAUCACAUGUAUAAUAUAUAAUAUAAUUAUUAUUUAUUAUUAGGACGACGAAACUGAUUAUUGGGAGUAUGAUAAAAUAACUGUUGAAAGACGUUCUGGUGGACUUGGCUUCAGUAUUGCAGGAGGUGUAGAUUCAGAGUCCCUAGUUCUUGUAACUAGGGUGAGUCCAGAUAUCGGUUCAACAGGUCUUCGUGCUAAUGACAUUAUUUUGAAAGUGAACGAUAAAUCCGUGGAACAUGUUCCUCAUAGUUUUGCUGUAGCUGCUCUUAAAAAUGCUGGAGAUAUAGUUACAUUAGUAUGUUAUAUUUUAAAUUACAAAGAAUACAGUAAUAAAAUAUGUAUUACUCCUAUUAAUGUUAUUAUUAUUAUUAUUACCCAUUAGCAAGUUAAGAGGAGAAAAAAGGACUCCUUUGUUGAACCAGAAAAGUCGUAUACAGUCACAGAGAUAGAACUAGAAAAAGAAGAUGGGGGUUUGGGUUUCACAAUUGCUGGUGGCAUUGGUAAUGUUCAUCUACCUGGAGAUAACGGGGUCUAUGUUACAAAAAUUUUAGAUGGUGGUGCAGCUCAUAAAGAUGGUCGUAUGGAAGUUGGUGAUAAAUUGAUUGCUGUUAAAAAUACUUUUGUAAGAAUAAAUAUUUAAGAUGCGCAUAAUUUCUUUAAUUUUUACUAAAAUAUUAUUUGUAUAUAAACUACAUAAUAUACAAGAAAAUUGUUAAUAUGAAUUUCUGUAUAUAUAAUUUUUUUUUUUUUCAGAACGGUGCUAUAGAUUUAGAAAAUGUUUCUCACGAAGAAGCAGUUGCUGCACUUAAAGAAACUGGUGAAAAAGUAGUACUUGUCAUAGGUAUAUUUUCUUAUAUAUUAUUUAUUUUUAGUAUUUAUUAUUAAUCAUGAAUAGAUAUAUGUAUAGAUGUUAUCAUUAAUUCACAAUUUUCAGUUAAAGAAUCUCUUAGCAUGCGUUAUAUUAGACCGAAAACACCGAUUAAAUCAAGUAUUUCAUCAAAAUCAAGCAGUGAGAAUUUGUCAUUAUUGUAUGUUUAUAUUUUAAUAUUAAAAUUUGACAUACAAAUUUAAUUAAUAGUAUAUAAUUUAUUUAGACGUGAAAAAAUAGCUACUAUUCGUAGAUCUGAAGAAGGUUUAGGAUUUAAUAUUGUUGGAGGAGAAGAUAAGGAAGGUAUUUUUAUUUCUUACAUUGCUCCGGGUAGUCCGGCAGAUCAAAAUGGUAUUUUAGAACCGGGUGAUCGUAUUUUAAGUGUUAAUGCUAUUGACAUGUUGAAUGCAACACAUGAUGAUGCCGCAAUUGCUUUAAAAGUAUAUUUUGCUUUUGUCCAAAUUCUUCAUUAAAUAUUAAGAUUUAUAUAAUUUUUUUUUUUUCUGAACACAAGGGUGAUGGACCAGUUGUCACUAUUAUAGCUCAACAACGGCCUGAAGAAUAUCAUAAACUUCAGAUUAAAUUAGCUGAACUAAAAGAACAAAUAAUGAAAAAAGCUAUUAUAUGUUCAAGUACUUUACCAAGACCUUCUCAAAAAUUACAGCUGUUUGUCAGGUAUUGAAUACUAAAAAUUAGAAUCAUUAAAAUUUAUUUGGCAAAAUUAUAGUCAAAUAAAUCUUUGUUUGGAAAGAAGUUUUGACAGUAUAGAGUAAUAAGUUAUAAAUAAUUUAUAAAUAUUUAUUUCAUAGAGCUUUAUUUGAUUAUGAUCCAAAUCGAGAUGACGGUCUCCCAAGUCGUGGCAUAUCAUUUACAUAUGGUAGUAUACUACAUAUACUGAAUGCAAAUGAUGAUGAAUGGUGGCAAGCUAAGAAAUUGGUUCCAGCAGGUGAAGAAGAUCGUAUUGGUAUUGUGCCUUCAAAAAAGCGUUGGGAACGGAAACAAAAAUCAAGAGAUCGCACAGUUAAAUUCCAAGGACAUGUUCCAGUUCUUAUUGAUAAAGUAAAUUUUGUUUCAUUCUAUUCUUAUACAAUUAUUAUAAAUAAAUAAAAUACUUUUUUAGACUUCCACUUUAGAAAAGAAAAAGAAAAACUUUGCUUUAAGUCGUAUGUUUCCAUUCAUGCGAAGCAAAGCUGAUCGAUUGGAAUGCACUGGUUCAGAUCAAGAUCGUAAGUAUUUAUUUUUAUAGUUUUCAGUCUUUAUUCAUAUUCUAUUUUGGUUUAAGACGAUUCCUCAAUGAAUCUGGUUCAUUAGUCUUCUCUUUUCCUUUUAUACAUAAUGUACAGUAAACAUUGGGUUUACAGAUUAUAUGCUUUGUUACACUCAUGAAGAUCCAACGUCUGAAGGUAUUAAUUUAAGCAGCAUAAGCAUAAUUGAACUACUUGUUGGUAAGAGAAAUUUCACUAGGUAUAUACAUCCUUUCUUUCCUUUCAUAACCUUUCAUAAUUUUCAUUUAAUAGCAUGAAAUAUUUGUAAAUUUAUAUUUUUCAUUACAAUAAUAAUAUGCUUUCUAAAAUUAUAAUUGUCCACGUAUUUGCAUGAGAACGGAGGUUAGCAUGCAUUCAAUAAUUUACCCACAAUAUUAAUCAUUACAGUUAAAUUAAUCCAUUAUUUAAAUGUAUUUAUUAACCUAAUGUUCUCCUCUUUAUGUUCUGUAUAUUGUGUACAGAUUUAUUUAGUUUAUAGUUUAUAUUUAAGUACAUAUAAACAUACAAAUAAUACAUCCAAUAAGUUGAUAAUUUAUACUAGGCCAUAUUUUUUAUUCAUUAAAAUUAAAAAAAUGUCUUUCUUUUACUAUCAAUUUUAGCUUUAAUUGUUUUAUGAUUCAUAUUCAGAGUGUAACAGGAUUAAAUAAUUCUAACAAAUAAAAUAAUAUUUUUAAGUUUUUUUUAUUUGUUUUGUAUUUUUUACAAAAUAUGCACUAUAAUUUUUAUAUUUUAUAUAAUUUUAUUAUUUUUAACUAAAAACAAAAAAUUAGAUUUUUUUAUAUUACAAGAUAAAUUAAUUUUCAAAAAAAUAGUUAGUGUUUACAUCAAUUAGGUUACUUCAUAAAGUGUAUUAAAAUUCUAAUUUAUUACUUGUUAAUAAUACUAAUGAUAAAUGAUUUAAAUCACCAACAGCUUAAAUUAAUAUGAUAAGAAUGUUAUCAAACUAUACAAUAUUUCAAGGAAUUUUCAUGAUCAAUUUAAAAAUUCAAGCAUGCAAAAAAUAUUAUAAUUCACAAAUUAGAAACAAUAAAAAAGACUAACAUACUUCCCUUUUUUGGGUGGAUUACUGUUGAAGGUGAGAAGUUGGGAAGGUAGAAUACAGUGGGGAAAUUAAUUUUUAUCUGUACUCAACAAUUAAUCACGAAAAAUGAUUUGGAGAGUUUAGAUACUUAUACAUGUUUUGAAAGGUCGUAAUAUUCCGUCAAAAUUUGAUAUAAGAGUUAUUAAAAAAAAAAACUACAUUAAAUUCAAUUAUUUUUUUAAAUUAUAGCGUAUAAUCCAUAAUGAACUUCCUGUCAAAUUUUCUAACAUUAUUGUUUAGUUCAACAAUUUUUAUAUAUAGAGUACCUACCAAAUACAAAUUACAUAAAAAACUUACAUUUGUUAAAAUAUAGUACUGUUACACCUGAUAUAUAAUAAAACACACAAAAAUCUGACACUUGAAAUGACUUGUUUUGUUCAAUAUUUUAAGUUCUUUUUUUUAUCAUAAUAAUUUCUAGUUUUUUGUUAUAAUUUCUCCAUUUUUAUUUUUUUUUUAAAUAAAACAUUUUAAUUUAUAAAUAAAUAGUUUUUACAAUAUAUGAGGAACAUUUUAUGAAUAUAUUUUGAAAUAAAAUGUCAGUGUUAUAAAUAUUUACUAAUUAUGAAUCAUUAAAUUUACAAAAAUAAUUAGAUAUCAGAAUGAUUUGUCAUAGUUCUUCUUCUUAUCGUGUCUAGGCUUUAUAUAGAUGCUUUUAUGCUGACUUUUCAUAGUAACAAUUACUGAAUUAAUUUAUAGUAUUUAGUAGGUGGCAACGAAAACAAUUUAAAUUACCUUAAACUUCAAAAAAAAAUUGUAGAAAUAUUUUUAACUCCAACAUUUAGUUUCAAGAUGUAUUUAUAAAACGACUUUCUUAAAAUUUGUAAAAAUAACUUAAAUUUUUUUUUUAAAUAACAAAUAUAUAUAUAUAGGAACCAUAGCAUAGCAAUCUAUAGUCUAUCCUACCAUAGAACGGGCCACUCCUACCAAAACUGGAUGCUACCAUGGAUCCCUACAUAUCCAGUCAUGUGGAGGGGGAAACUAUAGUCCAGUCAACUGCUAGAUUGGCUAGAGUUCAACAUGUAUAUGCAGAAAUAGUUUGUUCUCUCGUGGGAUAGACUAUGGUAAUUAUUAAAAGAAAAAAUAUUGAACAAAAAAGAAAUUAUUUUACAUAUCACAUAUUUGAGUUACAGCUUGUAUAAAUAUAUUCACUCAUUAUGUCUUAUAUAAUUGAAUAUAUACAUAUUUUUUUGAUAUAAAUUGUCAACUACCUAUAUUAGUAAUAAUUAUUUAACUAAUUUAUUUAAUUUUGCAUCAUAUAGUUUUAUUUUUUAUUUUAUAAAACACAAACUUGUAUUAUGAAUCAUGAUCAAUCCGUGUAUGGCAAUUAGUAAACACAUUAAUAAUAUAUAUAUAUAUUUAUUUAUUUAAAAAGUAAUAUUCAUUAGUAUUUUUGGCGCAUUGUAUAAUGUUCAUUACAUUUUCUUUAGAGUAUUUAAUUUCAUCAGUCUAAUAUAUUACAUAUAUCGUAAAAAUAAUAUUAUUUGAAAAGAUUUAUAUGCAUGUUUAAUUUGAUUUCAUAAAAUAUGUACAUUUUUAGAAGAACCAACUCUACCAUAUGAAUCUGUUAUCAAAAAAACAAUAAAUUAUAGUCGUCCUGUCAUUGUAGUUGGAAUUUACAAAGACAAAAUAAAUGAUCAUCUUAUAUCAGAAUACCCAGAAGAGUUUGGAUCAUGUGUUCCUCGUAAUGAUUAUUAAUCAUUAGCUAUUUUAUUAAAAAUUAAAAAAAUAUUCUAUUUUAUACAGAUACCUCUAGAGAAAUCCGACAGGGUGAAGUUGAUGGUGUACAUUAUCAUUUUGUUAAAUCACGAGAACAAAUGGAGCGUGACAUUAAGGACCAUUUAUUCAUUGAAGCCGGUCAAUUUAAUGAUAAUCUAUAUGGAACUUCUUUAGCUUCAGUUCAAGAAGUUGCUGAGCAAGUAUGUAUGAUACUACAAUAAAAUAAAUAAUUUAUAUUAUAGUUUGCAUGAAUUGUUUAUCUAAUAUUGUCAUAUUUAAUUUUCUUAGGGAAAACAUUGCAUUCUUGAUGUAAGCUCCCAUGCAAUUAAACGUUUACAAGCUGUUGAUUACUAUCCUAUUACCAUAUUUAUUAAAGCAUCUUCUCUGGAUUUUAUAAUGUAAGCUUUAUUUUUUAAAAAAUUGUUAAUAAUUAAAAUGAAAUCCCUAUUUAUAUUUUAAAGUAUAAAUGUGUAUAUUCAAUAAUACAUUUUAAAUACAAAAUCUACUAAAUAAGUUUUAUUAUAAAAAUACAAUAUAGUUGUAUAACUUAUUUAGGAAAAUCAGUGAUAAAAUGACUGAAGAUCGUGCAAAGAAAAUUUAUGACCAAGAAAUGAAAGUUGAACAAGAUUAUUAUGAAUAUUUAACAGGUAAGACAAUUUAAAUAAUUUUUGAAUAGUUUUUCUUUUUUUAAUAAAAAUAUUUUUUUACGUCUUUAGCUGUUAUAAAAGGAGAUACAUUUGAAGAUAUCUUUGAAAAAGUUAAGAAUGUGAUUGAUGAACAUUCAGGACCAAAUGUUUGGUUACCAAAUAAAGAUCAUAUCAUUUGAAACUAAUAUGAUGGAAUGUAGUAAAUAUUGUAAUUGAAAAAGUAGGAAUAAUGCAUAUAAAUAUUUAUAAUUUAUUAGAUACAUUUCAGCUUUUAGGUAUGGAUUUUCAAAAUUUGAUAAUUUAUAUUUUGUAAUAUGUUUAGCAAUUGAGCAUCCAAAGGCUUUAUUUACUUAUAUAAACACUAUUGUUAAUUCAUUUUGAUGAACAACUUCAAGAAAUUUUGUAUUUACAAAUAAAGUAAUAUUAUUUGUUAGAGUAUAAUUUAGUUUUAAGUACUAAUAUUGGUUAAAUUAAUUUGUAUAUUAUAGCAAAGCCAUAAUAUUUGGACUAAUAUGUUUUCUGUAGUUAUUAACAUAACAGUAUUCCACUCUUAUCACAAUGUAUACUUUUAUGAAAAUAUUUUAUUUUAUUUAUAAUUUUAAAAUAAUUAUUUUCUAACAUUUUUAACCCUUUAGAUACUUAUUCAAUUUAGUAGCAUAAACAUAUUUUCUCUAAUCAUUCAAUAGAAUAAAUUCCAAUAACUCGCUUGCUAUUAUUAUAGAUAAUAAUUUAGAAAUAAUUUGUCUUUUUUUAUUGUUGGUAAAACCAUUAUAUUAUAUUUGUGUACCUCUACAAUAAGUGUUCUCAAAUGUAACAAUUGCUUCCUAAAAUCUGUCAAAAUUAUUUUUUAAAUAUUGAAUGUCACUGUAUACAUAUUUCAGUUCAAAUUAGUAUAAACAACAAAUAACUAUAGAUAUUUUGUUUAUUUAUAAAAGUAAUUAUUUACAAAUGUCAGUAAUAUAUUUAGCUUUCUUUUUAUUUAGCAACCUUAAUAAAUUAUAUUAUCUUCCUUUAUUAUUUGUCAAUCGAUUUAUAGUAAUUUUUAACUAAUUAGUGAAUUAGACCUAGAUUAAUGGUAUCAAAAUGUCUAUAUAUUUGUUCUAAACUAAUGGUGGUUUCUGUCAUGUAUGCUGUGCAAAGCAGGCUAUAGUGUCAACCAGGCUAAACAUUAAUUAAAUUGUGAAUCUGAUAAAUAGAAUUUUUUUGAGAACAAUUAUUGUUUUAUGUAUUUUAAUUCUCAAAGAUACUGAAAAUUAGUUUAGUGAUUUAUGUUUAUUUAGAUUUCCUAUUAAGCUUAAUGCUUCAUUUUACUAUUCUAGUCAUUGUUAUAACUGUUGAAGUAAUAUUUAUAAUUAAAUUUGUUAUUAUAUACUAAAAUAGUGGUUUAUUAUAAAAGUUAUAUCUAUAAGUUGAUAAGCAAAAUGUAUCUAUUAACUUUUAAAUGUAACUUAAAUUUUUCUUUUUUUUUUUGUAAUAAAUCAAAUGAUUGCCACAUAAAUAUUGCGAGAAAUAAACUGUUGGUAUUGUUUUGUUAAAUAUAUUAAAUAUCCAC